AUGAUAUUCAAAUUGGAAGACCUCAUACAGGAGGGAGACAUACCCUAUGAAGAAUCAAUUGCAAAAGAUCCUACGAAUAUAACGAAUUGGACAACGUAUCUUGAAUUCAAAUCAAGGUCAUCAUUUCAUAAUAAAGCAUUCAUAUUACAUAGAGCAACCAGUGCUAUUGCAGACAGCGAGGAGUUAUGGCAGUUAUAUUUAGAUCUUUUGAUAGAGCAUAUACAUGAUAACCUAAGCGUAUUGACUGAUCGUCAGUAUGAACAUCUAAACAGCGUAUUCAACAAAGCGGUACAAUGUUGUUCUGCUCUGGUACCACUAUGGAAAUGUUAUCUUGAAAUGUUACUAGAGACUCAAAUACCAAAAGUUACAUACAUACGAAGAACAUUUAACGGUUGUUUGCGGAGUUUACCUUUGAAAGCUCAUGGUCAAGUUUGGCCCUUAUACUUGCUGUUUGCAGAUAGGAUUGGAGGGAUGACAGCCGUGAAAAUUUACACAAAGUACGUUCAAUAUCUUGACCCUCUGGCAUUAAAAGGAACCAAAGAAGGAGGUACAAGUUUCGAUGAUAUAAUUUCUAAGCUUACUGAGUUUGGUGAAGUCGAUAAAACAGUUGGAAUUUAUGAGCAGAUAUUAAGUCACCCAGACGAGUAUACUACCCUUGGAAAAUCACCAGUUCAAUAUUUAUUCGAGUAUAUCGACCUAUUACUUCAUUUUCCAACUGAGCCGUUGUUCUUUGACAAGAUCAUUAGUGAUUCAAUUAAGUCAUAUCCUGACCAAAUUGGAAAAUUAUAUCUUAAACUGGUUGAAUUUUUUAAGCAAAAACAUGAUGUGGAAAAGGUAAGGUACUAUUAUGAUAACGGAAUCAAAACAUGUCUAACAAGUCAAGAUUUUGUAGCGUUGUACGAUGAAUAUACCGAAUUUGAAGAAUCAGAAUUAGCAAAAGUCUCAAAAGAAGAUCCUACUUUAGUUAAUUUUAAACUUGACAAGUUCGAGAAAUUACUCGAUGAUCGAGAAAUAUUAUUCAAUGAUAUGAAAUUACGCCAGAAUAUCCACAAUUUAGAUGUUUGGUUUGACAGAUUUGAUAUAUACAAGAAUAAUCUUGGUAAAUUACUUCAAACUUAUACUGAUGCAUUGAAAUCAAUCAACCCAUUGAAAGUAGUUUCCACCAAUCAUAAGUUAUGUGAAAUUUGGAUUCAAUACGCUUCAAUAUAUUCCAAUAAUAAAGAUUAUAAAACUGCAGACUUUAUCUAUUCCAAGAGUAUUACUUCCCAAUUCCUCCAUCCUGACGAAUUAGCCGAGAUUUACAUUCAAUGGUGUGAAAUGGUUUUGGGAACAGAUCAAUUCCCGGAGACUUAUGCCAUUGAAAUCUUGGAUUCAGUAAUGUAUCGAGAGUAUGAUGAGGAUUUCCAAUAUACUGACUCCACAAUAACAGUUCAAAAGCGAAUUGUCAAAUCAAGAAAGUUAUGGAAUUUUUACAUUGAUUUGCUUGAAUCAUUUGUUGAAUCUCCUGAACAAGUUGAGGAUAUAGAUAAAGUCGGAAAAGCGUAUGAGGUACUUAUCUCAAAGAAAAUCAUUACCGUCAAGGACAUUCUAGCAUAUGCUAAUUUCUUACAUACUUGGAAAUAUCAUGAACGUGCAUGGCAAAUAUAUGAACGCGGACUUCAAUUAUUUGUUGAUCCGGAAUUGAAGUUCGAAAUUUGGAAUGUGUAUUUACCAGAUAUGAUCAAGCACCAAGGUGAUACUGAACGAAUUCAAGAUUUAUUUGAAGUUAGUUUGAAACAAGUUCCUGCAUGGUUAAUGAAUCCUAUACUUGUACUUUAUUCACAAUAUGAAAAGGACCAUUCUCGAAUAAUCAAUUCAAUUAACAUCUUGAUUAAAUCGCUUAAAACUUUUGACAAGGCACAGCGUGAACAUACCAACAGAUUAACAGAAAUAACAACUAUGAAAUUUGAAAUUGUAAAGAUAAUCCUAAUUAAACUAAUCGAAAUCAAAGACAUCAAUCAAUUCAGACAAAUCGCCCAGGAUGCAAUUGAAGACGAUUACUUCGCACUCCAACAAUUCAUCCAACUUGCUCAAAUAUUCAUUGAUUUUGAAAUUACUCAAUCUGAAUUCAAUCGAGUUCGUGAAUUGUACAAAUAUGUAUGUGGAUUAUCAACCAGCGAUAAGGUCAAGGUAAUGUGGGAAUCAUGGGAGAAUUUUGAAUUGGAAUAUGGGAAUGAAACUAGUUUUAAAGAUAUGUUACGUUAUAAGCGAAAUGUAUCUGCUCCAAUUACUGCCAAGGUGGAAGUAUCUAACCCAAUGGGAUUUGUCAAGGCCACAGAAGAAAAGAAAGACGAAGAGGAAGUAGAAAACCCGGACGAAAUAGAUCUUGAUAUGUAA